AUGGUGUGGGAAGGCUCGUCGCCGCUGCUGCCGACGGCGCACCGCCGCACGCGCAACGCCAGCACCGGCAGCUUCCCGGAGACCCACGCGGAGACGGCGCCCGAGUCCCCGCGCACGCGCUUCAAGGAGCGCGAGCGGGCCGCGCGUCUCCGCGGCGGGCCCGCGUCGGCCCGGCAGCGCGCGCUGCGCCGCCUUCCGGCGCUGCUGGGGCUGCUGGCCGCGGGCUUCGCGCUGGGCUACUACGCGCAGCUGCUGCUGUUCUUCUGCCACGUGCGGCUGGGCUUCACGGCCGAGGUGCUGCCCACGAGCGAGGUGGGGCUCGUGGAGAAGCUCACGGCCUCGCUCAUCGAGCACACGCAGCGCGUCGUGUUCGUGUGCAAGAAGACCAACUGGGACUUCGUGGGCUUCAUCGCCAGCCCGCACACCAUCCUGUUCGCGCACGACGACGUGGCCGUGCCCGCCGCGCUCGAGGACACGCUGCGCGUGGUGCGCCACGCGGGCGUGGACAGCUACAUGAACCUGCACAACAAGACGGUGACCAUCAUGAGCCACGUGCACGCCGCGGACCCGCGCAACCACCUGCUCAAGCAGGACGACGAGGCCGUCAUCUACUGGCCGCACUACUACCAGUGCCUCAAGAAGUGCACGGACCUGGACUCGUGCUACGCCGGGGACAUGCACGUCAACAUCGGGGACGCCACCAACACCAACUCGUACGUGUUCGCCACGGGCGGCUCGUACUUUGUGGGCAGCGCGCUGCUCAAGUGCAUGCUGGAGAAGCCGAUAUUCGUGGAGCUGGACGGCCUCGACUACGGCGAGGACAAGACCGUGGGCAAGAUGAUCCACUACAACCGCUGCAAGGUGCAGUACGUGAGCUGCAAGUGGUUCAACAACGAGGAGGUCUACUCGCCCAACGCGCACAUCAAGAUGAGGAAGGGCGCGUCGGCCGAGAUCCGGGAAGACACGGUGUUAUUAGGCAGGGACGAGCAGCAGCAGCUGCUGCCCCCUCCCGAGAGGGAACUCGGCGGCGGCAGGAUGCGCCGCCUCCAGGAGGACGAAGAGCAGGCAAAACAGGACGGCUCGGUGACAAUGGGCUGCGGGGCCUCGUUCAUGCAGCGGCCGGAUGGCGAGUCCAAGAUUGUGCCGUCCCCUGGAAGCGGCGGCGCUGCGGCCAACAAGGCCGCCCGCUCUCCUCUGACCAAGGAGCAGAUCAACUCCCGCAUCGUUUGCUCACCCAAAACCAUGAAGACCAAGGUCACGCCCAAGCUCAACACCCAGUACGCCUUCGUCUCGCAGCGAGGCUACUACCCCGAUGCCCUCGACAAGCCCAACCAGGACAGCUGCACUAUUCUACCAGCGUUCAUGGGCGACGCCUCGAAAAUGUACUUCGGAGUUUUCGACGGUCACGGUACAACAGGAGAUUUAUGCGCGUCAUUCGUUCGGAAGGAGUGUCCCGAGCGUCUGGUUCGCAUCCUGGACCGCAAGAACUGCUCCUUCUUGGAGGCCUACUCCAAGUCGUUCGAGGAGACCAACGCGCGUCUGCACGCGUCGCGUAUCGACGACAGUUUGAGCGGCACUACGGCCAUCUGCAUGUUCCUCGACGGCGAAACCAUCCACGUCGCGAACGUCGGCGACUCUCGAGCUGUUAUCGCCACCAUGAGCGAGGGCAAACUCGUCGCACAACCGCUCUCCGUCGAUCAAACCCCCUAUCGUUCGGAUGAACGCGAGCGUGUAAAACGAUCCGGAGCUCGAGUGCUCACUAUGGAUCAGCUGGAGGGUAUCGCUCCUGUCCACGAUAACUGGGCGGCGAAUCUGAACGAUCAGGUGGACGAAGACGGCGAUCCGCCGCGGAUUUGGUCCCCUUAUGGCGCUUUCCCCGGUACAGCCUUCACGCGCAGUCUUGGUGACGAGAUCGCAGAAACAUUAGGAGUGAUUGGAGUUCCGGAGAUCACCUCGCUGCAGCUAACGGAAGACGACAAGUUCGUGGUGAUUGCCAGCGAUGGUGUGUUCGAGUUCCUGACCAGUCAAGCCGUCGUCGACAUGGUGGCGCAGUACGAAGACCCGCUCGAAGCUUGCCACAAGGUGGUGGCGGAGUCUUACCGACUCUGGCUCACGUACGAGCUACGCACGGAUGACAUCACCGUCAUCUGCGUGUACUUUAACUUCAGCGAGGGUGCCGUCACAGCGAAUGGUGCUUCGAUUGGAGGCUCGCCCAGGUCCAACUCGAUGGCCAGGCGCUUGCCCCGCCAGACGAGCGAGAAAGACCUCACGCAGCAGCUUCGUCCCGUGCGUCGCGGUAUGUCCAAGGAGAAGCGUCGUGCCCAGAUGCGCAAGGAUAUGGCUCAGCUUGUCAAGGAGGAGGACUUGGCGUAUCGCGUGAGCGACCACGCGAUCCCAAAGACGUCGACCGAGCUCCGGCUGCUUGAAGCGCUCACGAAGAACAACUGGCUGUUCAGGCAACUCACGCAGGCCCAGAAGGACGACAUCUUCGCCGUCAUGGAGCGUAUCACCGUUCGUGAAGGCGACAUGGUCAUUCGACAGGGAGACCCUGGCGACAAGUUCUACAUCGUCGAGAGCGGCGACUAUCAGGUGAGUGUGCGUGGUGCUGAUGGAGGUCCCGAAAGCAUCGUGCACACGUACACACAAGCCCCCAUUAUCCCCGGACAAGACACGGACUUGCAGCCUGCGUCGUUCGGCGAGCUUGCGCUGAUGCACAACAGCCCGCGUUCAUCGUCAGUGAAGGCACUAUCGGCUGGUGUGCUGUGGGCCAUCGACUGCCGCGCAUUCCGGCGCGUAUUUAUUAAGGCUCCGACGUCGGUGCUGGUUCAGACACUGAAGAAGGUGGACGUGCUCAAGACGUUGACGAAGGCGCAGCUCGAGCGCCUAGCCAACAACCUCACAGAGGUUGUAUACCACGAUGGUGACUACAUCAUUAACCAGGGAGACGUAGGCGACACGUUCUACGUGAUUCAAGAGGGAGCAGUGAUCUGUACGAUCUGGGAGGACGACCCAGUCGCUGGCCCCGGCAAGAAGCGGACGUCGCGCGAGGUGCUACGACUGAAGAAGAACCAGUACUUCGGCGAGCGCGCGCUCUUGAAUGACGCGCCACGAGCCGCUAAUGUCAUCUCGGUGGGACGUACGAAGCUGCUACAAGUGGGUCGGCGCGAGUUUGAGGAAGUGUUAGGCUCGUUGCAGGACAUGAUCGAGGCUGAUCGUCUCCAGCGUGAGGCACGGCACAACUUCGAGACUGCAGUGAAGAACCUCAUCUAUAGCCCUGCAGCGCACGGUUCAAGACGCAAUUCGAUGGCCAUGGGGCCGUUGCGGCCUCAGGACAUGCGCUUCCGACACGUGCUACAGCCCACGGACUUUGGUUUCUUGGCGCUGUACCAGGGCGUGAGUGAUACGAAGCGGUUCUUCACGGUCAAUGUCUUCUCCUUACAGCAAGUGGCAGCAGACCGGCGCGGCGACGAAGCAGCGCGCUACGUGACAACCCACAAGACGAUUCGUCUGGACACGCCAUUGGUGCCGGAGAUGGUGGCGUCGUGGCGAGACGACCGCGCAUUGUACCUAUCGUAUGACACCGUCAUGGUCACAGACCUGUCCGCAAUGCUGGCCGACGAGCCGAACGGGAGGUUCGCCAACGAAUUGACAGUGCGCGGGUUUGCAGCGCAGGCGCUGCUCAUGCUCGAGUACAUUCAUCAGGCCGGCUACGCGUACCGAAACCUCAGCAGUGAGAACGUCAUGGUCGACACGCGCGGAUACCUGCAGCUGCACGACUUCCGUCACAUGAAGCGGCUGCCGGACGAGACGCGGACGUACACGAUCUGCGGGACGCCCGAGUACAUGGCUCCGGAGAUGGUCUCGGCUCGUGGCCACACGAGCAGCGCCGAUAUCUGGUCACUGGGCAUCCUUAUCUAUGAGAUGCUGUGCGGCCGCACGCCGUUCGCGAUCGGCAGCAACGACGAAGACCCGUCCGGGGCCAACACGACCGACAAGAGCUUCGGCUCGGAGGCCAACCCGACGUCGCGACUCACGAACGAGAAGGACGUGACCAUGGCCGUGUACUCCAAGAUCUCUCGACACAACAAGGGCGCGCUCAAGUUCACGCGGGACGACCUGUCGCCCGAAGCCUGUGACCUGGUCCAGCAACUGCUGGACCCGUUCCCGGACGACCGACUGGGUGGCCAGGGCCUCGUGGACAUCGCAAAGGGCGGGUCCGUCAUCCGCGCGCACCCCUGGUUCGACGGCGUCGACUGGAUUGUGUUGGCCUCGAAAACCCAGGACCGGGAGCACGCCGAGGCGUUGACCAAGCUGAUGGAGGAACAGCUCGCGUCUUCCACCACGGCCGAGAUGCCCAUGCUGGAACCGGUAGCGAGAGACAGCGGGGACCUCGACUGGCUCGAGAACUUCUGAUGAACAAUGCGUGAGUUUGCUAGGUAGAUGAAUGAUGAAUAGAUGUCCUCGGGACAGUUGAAGGUG